AAUAAUUCACAAACAAUUUUACAAGAACCAGCAGCGGUUUUAGCUUUAAAAGUUUAAGAACUGAAGAAUGGGUCAAGCACUUGGUUGUGUUCAAGUGAAGCAGUCAAACGUUGCCGUGAAGGUGCAUUUUGGGAAAUUUGAUGAUGUGCUUGAACCAGGAUGCCACUGCAUGCCCUGGUGUUUCGGAUACAAGGUAUCCGGUGAGAUCUCUCUGCGUGUGCGGCAACUUGAAGUUCAAUGUGAAACCAAAACCAAGGAUAAUGUGUUUGUGAAAAUAGUUGCAUCGAUUCAAUAUCGCGCCUUGCCACAUAAGAUGCGGAAAGCUAUCUACAAGCUCUCAAACGCCAAAUCACAGAUUCGGGCCUACGCGUUUGAUAUUAUCAGGGCAAGUGUGCCGAAAUUUGAGCUUGAUGCUGUCUUUGAGCAGAAGAGUGACCUAGCGAAAGCUGUUGACGAGGAGCUUGCAAAGGCAAUGUCUUCUUAUGGUUUCGAAAUAGUCCAGACCCUUAUUGUGGAUAUCGUUCCAGAUGUUCAUGUGAAGAGAGCGAUAAAUGAGAUCAAUGCAGCUACAAGGCAGAGACUGGUGGCGAAAGAAAAGGCUGAAGCGGAGAAAAUCCUACAGAUCAAGCGAGCAGAAGGAGAGGCAGAGGCCAAGUACUUGGUAGGGCUUGGCAUAGCACGCCAGCGGCAGGCCAUUGUUGACGGGCUGAGAGACAGUGUGCUUGUCUUCUCCGAAAAUGUUCCCGGAACAACAGCCAAGGAUGUCAUGGACAUGGUUUUGGUGACUCAAUACUUCGACACCAUGAAGGAGAUUGGUGCAUCCUCAAAAUCAUCGUCUGUUAUCAUCCCGCAUGGGCCAGGUGCAGUCAAGGACAUUGUUUUGCAGAUUCGAGAGGGUCUCCUUCAAGCCGAUUAUGCUAAGGAAUAAAGAUGGGAUAAAAACUUGGGACGAACAAAUGCAUCUGUAGUGCUUGACUCCCUAAUUAUUAAUAUAGUUGGUGUGACAAUUGUUCUU